AGGGCGGGGGUAUGAAUUAAUUUCCCCUUGUUUUUAGGGUUCUAUAAAGUGAGGAAUUUAGGGUGGGAUAAAAAAUGGAUUCAGCGAUGGGGGAUGAGAAGGACGCGUUUUACGUUGUUCGUAAGGGAGACAUCGUUGGUGUGUAUCGAAACUUUAGCGAAUGCCAGCAACAAGCUGCCUCUUCUGUGUCAGAUCCACCGAUGAGUGUGUACAAAGGAUAUGGUUGGCCACAAGGAGCACAAGACUUCAUAUCCUCUUUUGGGCUUAAGAACGCUCUCUUCUCUGUCAACGCUACUCAUCUCAAAGAUGAUUCGGUCUUUGGGAAACUCAUUCCUUGCCCUCUUCAGCAACCAUCUUCUUCUUCCCAAGGACAGUCUCUCGACAAACCUUCCCAGCCUACGAGAUUAUUGCAACAAAUGGAAACUGAUGAAUCACCCUCCUCGAGUCAUCCACAAAAGCAUCUUAAGAUUGAUAAUAGCGGCGGCGGCGGCGGCAUGGUUCCUCGCCUUGCUGUUCCUUCCAGUCUGUUGACUCGCCGUCCCAUACUUCAAAAUGAUUCAUGUAACAUCGAGUUUGACGGUGCAUCCAAAGGAAACCCUGGGAAAGCUGGCGCUGGAGCUGUUCUCCGUGCUUCAAAUGACAACAGUGUGCUCUUCUAUUUGCGCGAGGGUGUGGGGACUGCUACUAACAACGUUGCAGAGUAUCGAGCUCUCCUUCUUGGUCUCAAGUCUGCUCUUCACAAAGGCUUUAAGAAUGUCCGCGUCCAAGGAGACUCAAUGCUUGUCUGUAUGCAGGUUCAAGAUUUAUGGAAAACCAAACACCCGAAAAUGGCUGAGCUUUGCAAACAGGCCAAGGAGCUUAUGAAGCAGUUUAAAUCAUUCCACAUCCAACACAUUGACAGGGAGUUCAAUUCUGUUGCUGAUGCACAAGCUAACCAUGCCAUCAACCUCCCAGAGGGUCAAACGAAAGAGAUUGCAGGCGGCUAGAAGAGCAGAAGAAUCGUCAUAUUCAAGUAAUUAUUUAAACAUUUCUGUUAGCUAAUUUCUGGGAUCGUGUCUCUGAUAUGCUAGUAGUAUGUGGUAACAUGAUGAUGGAACAUGUUCUUCUCUCUCUUCUGCUCUGUCCUCUGCUCCCAAGAACAUGUGUAUCUUUUGCUUAUAUUCUGUUCAGUACGUGAUAAUGUUUUUUUUUUAUCUCUACUUGCAAAACAUUAUCAACGUUUCCUUGUUAUGCGGUCUUAUAUGUUUAUUCAAACCAUUAGUCCA